AUGCCCACCGAUGAGGGGCCACAGACUCCACCUCUCUCCUCUAACAAUGACAAGGUGAUGUCCUCUCCCACAGCCCAUUCCGACAAGGGGGAUCCUCAAGAUGUCUCGAACCCUCAGUCUAUCUUGUCUCCACUCACCCUUGGUGAGCUCGGCCUGAAUCCUCCAAGCAGUCCUGGUGCCCUACUCGACAUUACCACGCCAGUCAGCCUUGACCAUGAAGAGCCGAGCGGAAUCGUGCAAUUGGUCAGUCAACAGCUUCAACAUGCUGAUAGCGGCGGAAAAGGUAACAGCUCACAAACGGUCAUCGCAGCGAACAGAAGAUCAGAGCUGGAUGCUAAGGCUGACAACUUCUUGAGUGGUCGGCUGUCCUCAGCGCUUGAACCUGCAUCAAUAGCUUCUCCAGCAGGAUUUCAGGAUCCAUUCCUCACUUCCUUCCUCGAAAGCCUAUCCGAGGAUCCGUUCAAGACGCAAGACCAGAGCACAAAUCAUCCUACCGCUGUAACGACAGCCGCUCCCAUGAACUGUACGUUCAAUAGUACGGAUAAUCAGUCUGAAUCUGCAUUCGGCCAUACUGCGACAUUAAUUCGAGCUGAUCAGGCUACUGCCGGUACCAGCUCCCCAGACAUGACUUCUGCUGUUGCGUGCAAACCCCCGCUUGUAGGCGUGUCUGGUGCUGAGAUGCCUCAAAUGACCAGUCAAGCUACAGAAAGUGUCCAAAAUCAGCCCUUGCCGGCUUCGACGACGGCAAGUGACUACUGCCAUCCCUAUUGGAUCACCUCGCAGCAGCCACCGCCGAGCCUACUGUCAUCUCAAUCGCUCUCCUUUUCCAUAGGGCAGCAUAGCACCUCUGCUCCACUUGAGUCUCAAGAAGCUACAACGCGGAAUCCAUUUCUACCUUUAGUACCCGAAAACUUUCUCGUCACUUCCACGACCUUACAACAGGCUCGACUUGGCAACGUCGCGGAUCCUCGCCGAGGUGAGAACGCACAACCUAUCUCGGCAGCUCCUGUCAGCCUCAGCGUGGAGACCUCCACGACCUCAAGCACCUUUACAAAGACAAAAGGGCGUCUCGACCUUGCCAACAUCGCCGACUACUCGUUACCACCAGCUCCACCUUUGCAGGUCGAGCUUGCUCGAAAAGACUGUCGGUACAGAUUAGAGUCCGAAGAGGAUGGCAAGAGCUCGAGUCGCAAUAGGAACAAUGUAGGUUGUGACUCGAAAGACGGUCGAGCUGUGUUCUCAGGGGUCUCAUCUGACAGAUGGCGAGGCAAACCUAGUGCUGAAAAGCUGCCUGGAUCGGUGGCUACGGCAUUGUCGCAACUCAGCGGGACUGGAGUGAGAGGAGCGAGCGAUACGCUAGGAGUUACUCGCACACCGCUUCAAAAGGUGCCACUGUCCAGUGUUGUCCGUCCACGAAGCUGGUCAAACGCUUCACAAACAGCUGCAAGUCAUCCUCAAGCAACAGCGUGGUUCUCUCGUUCCAUGGAAGUAAUCAAGGAACUCGAAUCCGCUCGGCCCGCAACUUGCGCUCAAACGACUCAAUUUGAGCAGUCCGAGACAGACAAGUCCUCAGGGUGCUCUACCACCAACUCUUUCCCUGCUCUGACUCCCAGUACUCCCGCCUCGCAAACUUUCACAGCCGUUCAAUCGAGUCGCGAAGCAUCACAUGAUUUCACACGGCAAGCACUGCUCGACUUCAUAAAGCGCACCAAUCUUGGGAUGGUAAGUAGCAAAGCAGCGGGACUGGAUGCUACCCCGCCCAACCCCAACACGCUAGCCACCUCGCCAAAGAUUUCAACAGGACGCGAAGCUUUGGGGAAAGUCAGCUGGGAACAUCCCUCAGCUUGGUUUUCGAGAGUUUCGGUAGAGCCACGAGCCGAUACGGAGUCCUGGCAGCAUCGGCGCAAACGUCAAAAAGUAAGAGGGGAUGCCGAUGGAGAGACCGGGACAGGAAAAACAUCCUCCAUGUCGAUAAACUGCACUUCAUCGGCUGAUGUACCCUCCAUUGAUGUCAAGGAUGGGACGUCCGGGCAGCCACCUCGACUGAACAAGCGUAGUGCGACACUGAGCGAGCAAGAACAAAAGUCAAAGAAGCAGGCGCAAUAUCAACGUCUUCUGCAGCAGCUCCAGGCACAGAUGCGCCUAAAAAUGCAGAUGCAAAAGCAAAAGCAGAGAGAGAUGCAAGAACAGAUGGAAAGAUCAGAUGCUUCCGAACAGAUGGACAAGAAUAAAGAUCGGGCUGAAGCGCUUCAAUCAUCACCUCCAUCUAAGACAGCAAGAGCAGGUUGCAGCGAAACGACUGGUAGCAGCGGACAAGGCUCAGCUUCGACAGAAGGCGUGACGCAUAACGAUGAUGACUCGGUUUUCGUCAAGCCGAGCGCAGUGACCAGAUCCGGCAAACGUAACGAUGACCGUACCAAAGCACACGGAUCUCAUUCCAGCAGCCACACGAAGCGAAGAGGCUCUAGAGAAGAUUCAUCGCAGUGGAAGUCUGGCUCAACACCACGUGCAGCGACCUGUAAUAUUCCUGGGUCUCAGGCGGCAGACUCAUCUCCGGCAACGUACUCGGCGUCGGAUACAAUUUUCAGGGAACCAAGCCCCAUCAAAGCAGCGCGUGCGGCCCCACAAUGCCCGACGUACGAAAAGAGCUUCUGGCCGGCUACGAUGCCUUCCGGCCUGGUCGCCGCUAAUCCUGCCUCAAUGUGGAAGAGUGGCCAGCAUUCCUGGUGCAAUAACAUUGGUGUCGCCGGGCAAGCCAACUUCGGUUCCGUGCCAAGACCAUCUCCAGCUACCUGCCUGCCGAGUUGGCUUGAUCCCUCCAGCACGAGCAUUGCAACGGAUCUGAUAACGAAGCAUUUAAACUGGCUACGUGCCAUGGACACGCCCAGCUUCGUCCCGAUCGUCUCUCCACCCAUCAACUUCGUACACAACUCGCGGCCGCCUCAUAUGAGAGACGCCUCCCCCCUCUCUAUAUCAGCGGCAAGUGGACUCACUGCAGCCAGCACCAAUGACUCGCAGUCGAGAAGGACCAGCAAUGGCAUGCGAAUGAACGCAGCGGAGGGACCGCGGAUCAAGCGGCCAUUCUCCCCAGGAGAAGAAGUGGUAUUCUGGGCAGUGAAGGGAGAGCACUCAGUGAGGCUUGUGGGUACAGUCGAAAGUGUGAGUCUAGUUCCUCACCCUGUCUUCAGAACAAGUUCUGAAUUUGCAAGAUCUUCCUCUGACGCGCUGAGUGCUGUGCCGACAUCAACCAAGCUUUCCUCUUACCUUCCUGACAUCUGCUGA